UUUAAUAUUUUUUACAAAACAAUCUUUGGAAAACAACCUCUGAACUUCUUAAUUGUCACAGUGGUGUGAAGUUCUAUUUUCAGCCUAACAUGUUACUACUUACUAGUUGUUGAAUGUUGCAACAAAUGGUAGGAGGCGGUGGAGAAUGGCAACAGCAACUUGGUUAAUCUAACUAACAUCAGAGGAACAUAAUAUAUCAUCAUAUAAAAUAGGGUAUUUAGUUGGAUUUGGGUUUAAAUUUGAACGAGAAAAGAAAAAAGAAACGUAAGGGCCAAAUGUCCUUCCCUAAUACUUCUCAAUCAGUGCCAUUUGGAGAGAAUAACGUUAACCUCUCCAUAUCUCUAAACUUGUCUGUUCCCACCAACUGAUCCAAUGUCGAAUAUCUCCUCCGCAAUGGUUGCUAUUUUUCCUUAACCUCUGCAUCUCUCGAAAACCAACGAAAGGGAACCACCUUCCGUAUUUCUAAUAACCCCUAUUCGCGUUUUGUCCUCGACUUCCAAUAUUCGCGCUAUCAUAUCACUCUCAAAAUGGGGAGAAUGGGACAAGACUCAGACCCCAAGUCCAAGUUGGUAUUAGAGAUUUGCUCCAUUUCCACGCGUUCUGUUGUGUGUGUUCAUCAUAAACUUCUCUCAGAAUCAGCUAACACAACUUUCGUUGACUGGUAUUGCAUUCUUGGAGUGGAAGAAAAUGCAGGGGUGAAUGCCAUUCGUAAGAGGUACCAUAAACUGGCCUUACAUGUUCACCCAGAUAAGAAUAAGCACCCCAAGGCUGAAAUUGCUUUCAAGCUCGUUUCUGAGGCAUAUGCAUGUCUAUCUAACGCAGCAAAGAGAAAAGCCUUUGACUUGGAGAGAUAUAAGCAUUUCUGCAUCGAGUGCAAAAGAAUUCCGUAUACAUCGAGUAAUGUCCCUGUCAAUUCAGGGGGACCAGGUUUUAGGGCAUGGAAUAUCAUCACCAGAUCAAGAUCUUUUAAACUUUGGAGAAAUAUUAGGGAAAUGAGAGAAAGAUUCAUGGACGAGGCUAAUGUGAUAGAGAACUGUUUGCGAACAAAUUCAAUGUCAAGGAAAGAAUCUCCAGGCCAGAAUCCGGUUGGGUUUCUACCUAGAAGCAAGUCGCUUCAUAGAUUUGAGAAAGAAACCCCUGUUUUCAAUCCGUCGGAUUAUUUGUACCAAGGCUACCCUCACCUGAGGAGCAAUAUUUACAAGAAUUCUUCAACUUUUUGGUACUUGCAGAGAAAUAGUAUGCUUCACAAUGAAAAGGGAGGAGCGCUGCAUGCCUCCCCUGUUUUUGAGGUCCAAUCUAGGAGUUUGUUUGCUAGCAAAUUCGCUUUUGUCCCGUCAAAAUGUUAGUUAGAAAGAUUUUUUCUUAACGCAAUGUGAUUGUCAGCCUCUGGCUUCUUCCGAUGAUUAAUUGCAUUUCGUUUGAAAUUGUCCUGAUA